CGGAACAACAAGUCUGAACAACCCCGAUGAACACUUCCGAAUGUUUGCAGCACCUCCAUCGCUAGAGGACCUCCUCCUCCUCCCGCUCCGCGCGCGCGUGUGCCUCUCAUCCGCCGCCGGAUCACCGGAGACAUGACGAACAACGAGCGAGCGGCGCGAGCGCUCAGACAAAUCCUACAGAAACCGGGAAACGAGAACUGCGCGGACUGCGGCGCGGACAAUCCAGAAUGGGGUUCUUGUUCUCUCGGCAUCUUCAUUUGUUUGGGUUGCUCUGGAAUCCACAGAAAUAUUCCCAGUAUUGGAAAAGUGAAAUCUCUCCACCUCGCACGCUGGGAGGAUGGAGAAGUUCAGUUUAUGUCUGAGCAUGGAAAUGAGGCUACGAGGGCGAAAUAUGAGGCCACUGUUCCUGUUUACUACUACAAACCAACCCAUAAAGACUGCCAGGUUUUGAAGGAGCAGUGGAUUCGGGCGAAGUAUGAGAGACAGGAGUUCAUGGAUGAGGGCAAGAAGCUGCUAUAUGAGGACGAGACCAGAGAUGGUAUGCUAAUGAAGAGAGGGCGGGACAAUGGACAGUUUCUCAACAGACGAUUCGUCUUAUCUUUGAGGGAUGGCACACUAAAGUAUUACACUAAACUUGACGCUAAAGAACCAAAGGCUGUAAUAAAAGUGGACACUUUGAACGCUUGCUUUCAGCCAGAUAAGAUCGGGAACCCUAACGGUCUGCAGAUCACUUACCUGAAAGACAACAUCACACGAAACAUCUUUGUUUACCAUGACAGCAGUAAGGAAAUAGUAGACUGGUUUAUCUCGAUCCGAGCGGCUCAGUUGCACUAUCUGAAGGUGGCGUUCCCAGGAGCGACGGAUGCUGAGCUGAAGCCCAAACUAACCCGCAGCUUUCUGAAGGAGGGAUUCAUGGAGAAAACAGGACCACGGCAGACAGAAGGCUUUAAGAAGCGCUGGUUUACGCUGGAUCACAGACGGCUCAUGUACUUCAAAGAUCCACUGGACGCGUUUGCUAAAGGUGAGGUGUUUCUGGGACACCGGGAUCACGGAUACAGAGUGACUAUCGGACUGCCGGCAGGAACUCAUUAUACCGGCAGCUGGCAGUACGGCAUCACCAUACAAACCCCUGAACGCAGCUUUAUCUUUCUCUGUGAAACCGAUCUGGAGCAAAAGGAUUGGAUGAAACAUUUCAAUGACAUCAUCAGCAUUCCCAUGAGCCCUCAGGAGUACACAGUGGAGGCGUACUUCAAACACAGCGCUCGACGUAUCUGACCAUCAUCCCAACAAUUAUAAACUCUAUCAUCUGAUUGGUCUCACGGCGUCAGACUCUAUAGUGUUUCUCUUGUGUGUUUGUGUUGUUUAACACUACUGUUAGUUUGUGUUUAUGAGUGAACUAUGCUUUGAUAUCCGAUCAUUAGCUCAUGAAACCCAUCUCAAGUUCAAAAACAAUGAUUCCCUAGACAUUGUCUUUUACAAAAACUACUUAAAAGUGCCAUACUAUUGUCAUGUUUUUUUUAAAUAAUAUAAUUUGACAUUUACUGUGGUAAUAUCAUGUUAUUUUUAGAGAACUAUAUUAUAUUAUUAAACAUUAGCAAAUGGUACAGUGAUGGUAUCAAAUAAAAUAAAGUACUUUUUUAAGAAGUUAACUCAAUUCA